AUGAGCUCUAAAGCCAGCUCGGCCUCGGCCACUAACACGCCCAAGCGGCGACGCGGUGACGAUGACGCCGGCCGGAGAGAGUCUGGAAAGAAGAGCAAGACGACGACAACGGCGACGACGAUGACAACGGCCAAGGCCAUGUCGGUGGAAGAGGCCAAGAAGGCGCUUGCUGUAGGCUUGGAGGUCACCCUGCACUGUACCAAGGGUGGGGCGUCCAAGUUCUGGACCGUCACCGUCGACGGUGAGGAAGUCGUGGUGGUCUUUGGCAAGAUUGGAUCGGCCGGCCAGGAGCGCAUCGCCGACAAGGGCUCCACCGCUGCCGCCCUCGACCAUGCCAUCGCCCAGCUCGAGUCCAAGGUGCAGCCGAGCAAGGGAUAUGUCAUUGUAUCGGCAAGUGGUGGCGAGGCUGCCGCUGCCGCUGCGGGGGGCAAGGAGGGUGAGCCCGAUGCCGAGAGCAUCGAUGCCCUGCUCGAGCGCAUCUCCUCGAAGAAGCCCGCCGAUCUGACGGCUGCGACACCUGGGGUGACCCGCGCCGACAUCGACGCGUUUGAGGCACAAUACAAGCGCAAGCUUCCGGCGCUCUACGCCUCGAUUCUCCAGAUCACUGAUGGAAUGAUACUCGCGCUCAACGCCGUUCCGGCCGAUCCGAAUCCGUGGGCCAACGACCACGCUCCAGUCAAUACACUGGCAUCACUCUCGCAGCUCGGCGGGACAGACGAAGACGCCGAAGAAUGGGAGCUGCCCGACGACAUGCAGGGGAAGAUCCUCAUGAUCGACGGCGAUGGCCACGAGUGGAUCAUUCUCGACUACACCCGGCCCAACACUGCCGGCGAGCCGACCGUCGCCUACAUUUCGCAGGAGAGUGAUCCCGAGUGGAAGCGCUUCCGCAUCGCCGACUCGUUUGCCGACCUCCUCUCUCAGCCGUGGGCGGCCACCGCUUCCGCGCUGCGCACCUACCUCCGUGCCCAACGGACGCUGGCGGGCCUCGUCCGCGGGCCAGCCUCGCCGCCGGGCUCUCCGGGCGGCCACGGCGCCGGAGCGUCGCGGGGCGAUGCCCGCGCGGCUGUCAACGAGGCCCAGGCAAGGCUGGCGGCGGCGCUGGCGGCGCUGGCAGCAGAUGUCACGGCCUGUGAAGAUCCGCCGCACCGCCCGCUCGGCAUGCUUGUCAAGUGCUGCCUGCCAUCGCUCCCGCCUGCCCUCCUCACACUCGCGCUGCUCGUCGUGCGCAACGCCGCCGCCGCCCCGGACCAUCAGCCUGCGCUGGAUGCAUUCGUUCCUCGUGCUCGCGCCCUCCUUGCCGACCCGCGCCUGCCCAUCCGCGCCCGUGCCCUCGUUGUCACCCUCGUCGACGCUCUCGUCCGCUGGGAUCUGGCGCCCGACUGGCUCGUCGCCUCGCUGGCCGCCGCCGCUGCCGCCACGGUCUCAACUGCUGUGGACAAUGGCUCUCCUGAGCGCGCGGCCUUUGCACUCCUCCGUGGACUUUUCCGCACUCUUUCCAAGGCCCUCGUCGCCUCGCCGGCCGCCAAAGAUGCGCUUGCUGCUUCGCCGCUCUUUCCGGCCCUCGCCGAUCUCUGGCAGUGGGCGCUGCCGAAGCCCGAAGUCAUGACCGGCGAUGUUCUUGGUUCGGUUCUCGUUGACUCGGGUCGCCUCGCCCAGCUUGCCCUCUCGAAUCACGAGCGCGCCAAAGACGCGGCGCGCGAGUCGGGUCUGCUCCUCGUCGCCCUGCGCGCCCUUUCGGGCCCGGAUCCUGUAGCCAGGCUCCCGCCAGGCCUCGCCGUGGCGAUGGCAGACACGCUCGGCAACGCAGCAACCGCCAUGGGCAACAAGCCGUACCUCCACGAGGCCGGCGCGGUCAUGCUCCUUGUUCAACUGCUCCACGCACCCAGCACCGCUCUGCAAACCGCGGCCGCCCGGGCGCUACACAAUCUCGUCGCCCACAAUGCGCCGGCCAAGGACGCCGUCCGCGAUGUCGGCGGCCUUCUUGUCUUGCUCAUGCUCACCGCCAAGGCCACCACCCCGCAGCUUGCACUCGCCGCCGCCACCGCCCUCGAGAACUGCACCGCCAACUCAGAGGCUAACAAGGCCGCGCUUGGCAAGCUCGCCGUGUUUGACCUCGCCAAGCCGAUGCUUGUGUCGGCAGCAUGGAAGAUGCAAGAUGUCGGCGCCAAGAUUGUGGGCAACUGCGCGUCUCUGGCCGCCAACAAGUCGGCCAUUGCGAUGUCGGGUGCGCCCGCGGCGCUCGUCCCGCUCCUUGCCUCGCCCAAGACGCUUGUGGUCGAGUCGGCCACCCGCGCGCUUGCCAACUGCACGGCAGACUGCGUGCCGGUCAAGAAGCAGGUAGUGGCCGCUGGCGCUGUCGCCGCCGCCGCUACCCUGCUCGAGCCGGGCCACCCGGCCGGCACCCCGCCGAUGCUGCGCCUCGUGCUGAAGACGCUCGGCAACGUGCUCACCUUGCGUGACGCCAAGUCUGCUGCCAUUGACGCGGGGCUCUUCUCCAAGCUUCUCACCUUGCUCGGCCACUCGAAGCUUGGCGUCCGCCUCGCGGUUGUCCGUGGCCUCGAGGCCGCCGCCGCAGGCUCGACCAUGGUCAAGGACCGCAUCCGUCUACUUUCGGGCAUUGGCCUGCUGGUCACCCGCAUCGAGACAACCUUUACUGCCCUGGUGGGGCCGCCGGCCAAGCGGCCGACUGCCGCAACUCGCAAGCACCUUGCUGCCGAGCUGGCGGCGCUGGUCAAGCUCCUUGGUAACUGUGCCACCCUCCCCGAGUCCAAGGACACAGUCCGCGCCGACGGCGGCGUUGCCAUUCUUGUCCGCCUCCUUGCUCACGCACUCAAGCCCGACACCGAUGGAGGCAGCGUCCUCGGCACCACUCUCAAGGCGCUCCAGAACGUGACUGCCAACAACAUGAAGAACAAGAAGAUUGUGCGCAAGCAGGGCGGUGUCGUGCUGCUCGCCGACUACCUCCGCGACUUGGCCGCCGCGCUCCAUGGCAAGUCCGCUCCGCUCGCGCCGGCCCACCUCGCCGUCCUCAAGGCACUCUCCAACUGCAUCUCGAUGUCGCCGCCGUCGCGGCUCGAGGCUGUCCGCAAUUCGGUGGCAACUUCGCUCGGCACCGUCCUUGGCCUCGGCGUUGCCGCCGGUUCUGGCCUCCGCGUUGCGCUCAUCCUGGUCCAGUCGCUUGUUUACGCACCGGCGGCCGCUGUCGACUCACCGCCCGAGUCGACCAUUCUUGCUGCGCUCAGCAGCGCGGGCAUCUUCCCCUGCCUUGUCGGCCUGCUUGAUCCUGUCCUGUCCUCGCCAUCGCAGACCCGCUCGACCGCCAUCCUCCUCCUCGAGACUCUGCGCAAGGCCACGCUCGCCGAGCCCGAAGCCGUCAAGGCCGCGCUCGUCGCGCCGGCAGCUGCCAAGUCGCUUGCCGCCUGCCUCUCCGUCCUCGGCGCGUCGGCUAGCGAGAUGGACGGGAGCUCGGGCUCGUCCGACCGCGCUGCGCCAUGCGCCGAGAGCGUUCGGCUCACGCUCGCUGUCCUCCGCUUCCUCUGCUUGGUUGUGACGCGCACCUUUCCGCUCGUUGAGCGGCUUCAGGCGAGCGAGGCGUGGAUGGCGACGCUCAAGCGGCUGUUAUACGCAUCGUCGGAUGCUGUCGCUCGCUGGACCGACAACCUCAUGCACGGUAUGUCCGACGAGAAGGGCCUCGACGUUCGGCUUCUCCGACGCAUUCCGGUCUUCACCAUCUCGUCCGAGACGCCUGCCUCGGCGCUGGGCGCCGGCCCGGCCACUGUUGUUCCGGCCGGUCCCGACGUGCCGGCGCCGGUCUGUACCAUCUGCUUUGAGGACCUUGCAGCUGGUGAUCGCGCCCGCCGCCUGCCGUGCCUCCACGUCUUCCACGUCCUCUGCGUCGAUACCUGGCUCUUCUGCAACUCGCGAUGCCCCGUCUGCAUGGGCUCUGUUGGCGACCAGCUCUCGGCCAUGCACGACAUGAUUGUCACCUCGCCAACACCUGCCGCCGCGGCUGUCCCAGCCAAGGCGGCGACGGGCAAGGGCAAGGGCAAGGGCAAGAAGAAAGCAGGGAAGGGCAAGAAGGCGGCGGCGGAAAAGGGCGGGCGCAAGCUGGAAGAGGUCUACACCCGUAAGACGCCGCGCGAGCACGUCCUCCUCCGCCCGGACACCUACAUCGGAUCGGUGGAGCGGCAGGCCGGGCCGGCGUGGGUGGUGGCCGACAAUCCGCUGCGCCUCGCGAGGGAGAACCUCGAGUAUGUGCCCGGUCUGGGACAGAUAGUCGACGAGCUGCUGGUCAAUGCUGCAGACAACGCUGCUCGGGAUCCGUCGAUGCGCCAGCUGCGGAUCUGGGCCGACGACGCCGGAGCCGGCGAGUUUGCCGUCUACAACGACGGCGCAGGCAUCCCCAUCGCCACACAUGCCAAGGAGAACAUCCCCAUUCCGCAGAUGGUCUUUGGCUCGCUGCUCUCGGGCUCCAACUUUGACGACUCGGUGGCCAAGACAACCGGCGGCCGCAACGGGUACGGCGCCAAACUCGCCAACAUCUUUGCCUCCUCCUUCCGCGUCACCACCCGCGACGCCGGCGCCAUCUACUCGCAAGCCUGGUCCGAGAACAUGACACAGGUCAGCGAGCCCGUCAUUGUCCAGCUCGACGACGGCGCGCUCGAGACGGCGGCGUCAGCCCGCACCCUGUUGGCCAACUCGAGCCUCCUGGACUUCUCGAUGGCCUCGCUCGAAGGCGACGACGUCAUGGCCUACGUCCGCAAGCGCGCCUUUGACCUCGCCGCCGUACUCGGCCCGCACGUCCGCGUCUUUUACAACGGCGACCGGAUUCCGGUCUCCGACUUUAAGUCGUACAUCUCGCUGUUCCAGGCCGAGUCAGGCGCGACGGCCCAGAGCGCCGAGGCUGUGGCCACCCUCGCGCCGCACCCGCGCUGGACCAUCGGUCUCGCGCUCGCGCCCGAGGGUGCCGGAUUUACCCACGCAUCGUUUGUCAACGGCAUCUCGACGCCGCGCGGCGGGCGCCACGUCGACUACGUCACCGAUCAAGUGACCAAAGGCAUGGCUGCUGUUCUGACCAAGUCUCACCCCGAGGUCAGCAUCACACCAGCCCACAUCAAGGCCUCACUGCUCGUCUUUGUCAGGGCCUCGAUCGCCAACCCGACGUUCGACUCGCAGACCAAGGACUUUCUCACCACCAAGAUCCGCGACUUUGGCUCGUCGUUCUCGCUCACCCCGACCGCGCUGCGCAAGGCCCUCAAUGCCGCGCCCGAGCUCAAGGCCGGGAUUCUCGAGCGGGCCCAGGCCAAGUCGGCCUCGUCACUCUCGCGCAAGAUGUCUGCCACCAAAAAGCGCCGCCUGACCGGCAUCCCAAAGCUGGAGGACGCUAACCUCGCUGGCUCGCCAAAAUCGGAGGCAUGCACCCUCAUCCUCACCGAAGGCGACUCGGCCAAGGCGCUUGCGGUAGCAGGCCUUUCGGUCGUCGGCCGCGAGUCAUACGGCGUCUUUCCGCUCAAGGGCAAGCUGCUCAACGUCCGCGAUGCGUCGCAGACCGCGCUGGCCGGCAACGCCGAACUCGCCAACAUCAUCCGCAUCCUCGGGCUCAAGCUCGACGCAGACUACUCGACGCCUGCCGCCCGCGCCUCGCUCCGCUACGGCCGAGUCAUGCUCAUGACCGACCAAGACGUCGACGGCUCGCACAUCAAGGGCCUCUUCCUCAACUUUAUGCACUUUUUCUUCCCAGCCCUCGCCUCCUCGCCCGGCUUUCUCGUCCAAUUCAUCACGCCCAUCGUCAAGGCCCGCUACACCGGGCUGGCCGGCUCCGCGCCGAAACUACGCGAGCGAGUCUUCUUCACCAUGCCCGAGUUUGAGGCGUUCAAGGCAAGCAUGCCCAACGCAGAGCUUGCCAAAGACUGGGCCAUCAAGUACUACAAGGGCCUCGGAACGUCGUCGGCGGCCGAGGCCAAGUCGUACUUUGCCCAGCUGGACGCCCACCUGGUGCCGUUCACCUGGGAUCCACCCGCCGCCGCUGCCGAGGACCCUGGCGCGCUGCUCGACAUGGCCUUCCGCAAGUCGCGCGCCGAGGACCGCAAGGCCUGGCUCGAGUCGACGUCGGCCCACGCCGCUCACAACGCUGCCCCGCUCUACACCGCAGACGGGCUCUCGGUCCACGACUUUAUCAACCGCGAGCUCAUUCUCUUCUCCAUGGCCGACAACGUGCGGUCGAUUCCGUCGGCGGUCGACGGCCUCAAGCCAGGCCAGCGCAAGGUUCUCCACGCCUCGCGCAAGCGCAAGCUCUGGCGCGCCGAGCUCAAGGUCGCGCAGCUGGCGGCGUACGUCGCCGAGUCGACCGGCUACCACCACGGCGAGGCCUCGCUUGCCUCGACCAUCAUCGGUCUUGCCCAGGACUACGUUGGUGCGAACAACAUCAACUUGCUACUCCCGCUGGGUCAGUUUGGUACCCGCUUGCAAGGCGGAAAGGACGCGGCCUCGCCGCGGUACAUCUUCACCCGCCUCUCACCGCUCGCCCAGCCGCUGCUCCCGCUCGCCGACGAUCCGGUCCUCGACCACGUCGUCGACGAUUCAGGCGUCCCCGUCGAGCCAGUUCACUACCUGCCGGUCAUCCCUUCGCUACUGGUCAACGGCGCAGAGGGCAUCGGAACCGGGUGGUCGACCUCGAUUCCGUCGUUCUCGCCGCGCGACCUCAUCGCUGCCGUCCGCGCCCGGAUUGCCGGCAAGCCGCUCCCGCCACUUGUCCCUUGGACACGCGGCUUCAAGGGCAGCCUCGUCCCGGUCACCCGCGGCAAGUCGGUGACCGGCUACAAGGUCCACGGUUUGGUCGACCGGCCCGAUCCGCAGACGGCCAUAAUUUCGGAGCUUCCGCUCGGAUCGUGGACCCAGAACUACAAGGAGUGGUUGGAGAAGCAGGUGGCGCUGACCGAAGCCGAGGGCGUCGAGUCGGCGGCCUCGCUCGUGGCGGGCUACACCGAGGGCCACACCGACGUCGAUGUGGCGUUCGAGGUCACGCUCACCCCCGCUGCCGCUGAGCUCUCGGACAGCGAGCUGCUCGCCAAGCUCAAGCUCGUCGGCUCGCUCUCGCUCACCAACAUGCAUGCCUUUGACAGCGCGGGCAAGAUGACCCGCUUCGCCUCGCCGCACGGCAUCAUCGAUGCCUUUUACCACGCCCGGCUCGAGGGCUACUACGCCCGCCGACAGCACCUCAUCGACUCGCUGACGAGCGAUGUGACCAAGACAAAGGUCCAGCUCGCUUUUGUCGACGGUGUCUCGGCCGGUGACAUCGACCUCGCUGCACCCGAGCUCGACGAGGCUGCAGUCGUCGCCGGCCUCUCGGCACGCGCCGGCAGCACCGUCGACGCCGAGGCGCUCGCCACGCUGCUCUCUCUUCCGCUCUCGUCACUGACGGCGAAGCGGCGCUCCGCGCUCCAGGCCAGGCUCGAGCGGCUGGAGAACGAGUUGGCCGAGAUCAAGGCUGCUUCGCCAGAGGACCUGUGGAUUGCCGACCUCGACGCGCUCGAAGCUGCGCUUGACGGCGCUCACGGUCUCUGACCAAAUGAAAGGAACGGCGUCUAGG